AUGUUCCUGUUUAACUUCCAGGUAUUGGUGACUGUAACAAUCAUCAUGAUGGUAAAUCAAAGACAAGGGAAAGGUGAAUACAUUCAAUGGAGACCAGAAGAGAGCAAAUUGUUGAUUGAGCUAGUAGCAAGCUGCUCCAAGGAGGGAUGGGUUGAUCACACUGGGAAAAUGUUCAAGAAAACUGUUGAGACAAAGAUACUUUCAGUUCUUAACGAAAAAUUCAAUAGCCGGAAGACUUAUAAGAACUUUAACAACCGAACCAAUACCGAGAUUUUGGUUCAAUGGAAUCCAAUCACAAAGAAGUUCACGGCUCCUGAUGAAGUGUGGCAUGCUUACCUUAGAGAUUUUCCUAAUCAAAGACAUAUGCGUAACGAGACAUAUGAAGAAUAUGAGAAUAUGAAGCUAGUAUUUGGGGGAAUGAGGAGAUUUGCAAGAUUACAUUCUCAACCAUCUGAAGUGGGAAAGAACGAGAUACUGAAACAAGAAGUGGAUCUUACUAAUGAUGAUGAUGAGGUUCAUGAAAUUGGUGAAACCGAAACUGCUGAUGAUGCAUUUGGUGAUUCAUCAGACGAUGCGUCAGACAAGAACACUGAUCUUUUAGUGAAGAUUUUUGGGGAGAUAAAAUCAGUUGAGUCGGUCACUAAACAGAUGCUUCACAUAAUUCAAGGAAGAUCAAUGGUUGAGGACAAGAAGAUAAAUGUUUGGGAAGCUAUCAAAGAGAUUCCUAAUUUGUCCAACCAUGUCCAGUACCAAGCUCUUUCCAUGAUUCAAAAGCUUCAAAUGGGAAACAUAUUUGUUAGUAUGUCUGUUGAAGAUCGUCUUGGUUGGAUUCAAUGGAAUACCCAACGAAAGACUUAA